AUGAAACCAUGGACUCCACCUAAGCGAAUGACUAAGCGUAGUCUAUUAUCAGAUAUCAAUAGUAUUUAUGAUCCCAUUGGUUUAAUUACUCCAGUACUCAUCAAAGGAAAAGUAUUUUUACAACAGUUAUGGAGUCUGAAAAUCUAUUGGGAUGAAGUACUAUCAGAUGACAUUUGUUCAAGGUGGACAACCUUCUAUUCCAGUCUCCUUCAACUUGUUGAUUUGUCAGUACCUAGAAAGGUGUUACUCGCAGAUGUUGUCACGCUUCAAAUACACGGCUUUUGCGACGCGUCUCAAUUGGCAUUUGGUGCAUGUGUGUACCUGAGGUCGGUCGCACUUAACUGCAGUGUGUAUAUACACUUGUACACAUCAAAAUCCAGGGUUUGCAUUAAUGAAGGCCACGACUAUACCGUGGCUCGAGUUAUAUGGUGCUGUGAUAUUAGCCUGAACUAG